CGUUUUCAUAUUCAAUAUUCAAUUGAAUUCCUUCCUAAUUUGUAUCUCCAUAAAUUUAUCCCUGUCCGGUUUAUUUUCAAGAAUGAUCAGUAUAUAUGCAUAUAUACGUCAUAUGCAUUUAAGUCUCGUUUGUGAAUUUUUCGUUUUAUUUUCUUAGUAAUCUUCGCACGAGUUUCUUAAAUAUUUUUAUUCUAACCGAAUUGACUUGUUUUCGUUUCGUUCUUUUGAUAUUGAUAACUAAAGAGGAGACUAAUAUGUACCUUAAAAUAAUGUUGGUCAUUUACAUAUAUAUUGUUUGAAAGUUGAACAUUAUAAAUAAACAUAAACAAUUAUGCAAUUUUCCAAUUAUUUGUGAAAAAAUAAUUUACUAGUUAUCCCUAAAGAAUGGCAUAAGAUUGAAAGACAUAAAUAAAGUAUACGUAUAAUUGUCUUUCUCAACAUUUUUUAUGCAAAGUGAUUUUAAGAUAUUUUACGUUUGCAGAGAUAUAUUGUAUAUUGUAAGAUACAAGAAACGAGAAAAUUAAUUGAGUAUCCUCGAUUUGUGGUUAAUUUGGAAAAGAAAUUAGAUUAUAUGUAUUAGUUUUGAUCAGCUAUUGUAACAGCUAUUAAUCGAUCUUGCCUGAAUUAUCGAUUAUAACCUUACGACAAAUCUCUAACAUUACAUACGUUAAAUAGUUUUUAAAUAUUCAGUUAAAAAUAUAAUUAGAUAUAAUGAAAUUUCGAGAUUCAUUUAAAUACGUUGGAGCAUUUCAUUUUUUUUCCUCAAUACAAUGUUACAAUUCUUAAGUACAUUGCUAUUCGCAAAAAGGUCAUUUAAAGUGUCAACAGUCCACAUCUGUACGAAGGAAAGCGAAGCUGCCUUUUUUGACACAUAUCAGCUGAUGCAUCAAUACACUGAUACCAUUACAAAAAGCAUUUGUCAGGCAUUCGUAUACCGGACUUACGGUUUUCUUUCUAAAAAUACUGUACUCUUUAACGCAAGCAACAUACAUUACAGUAUAUAUAGCAUAUGCUCUUCCUCUUUUUUCCCUUUAAAUUUUUCUUUUUUCAUCUGAUCUUCAGCAACAAGAUGUAUCCUAACCUUAUAUUAUGCCAUACAAAAUAAUUAUCGUUUCAGGAAAGACCCAUGUAAAGUUUUUCUGUUUAUAACCUUCGUAAAGAUUUAUUGAAAAGUUAUACUGCUAUAAUGGUUUCAAUUAUAUAAAUGUUCUGAAUAAAUAAUGUAUUUCAAAUAUCUUCGAUUAACGACUGGUAGAGCUUUAACAUGUACAAAAAGAAAUCUAUUGUAUAGUACCAAUUAUGGAACAUUUCCGAUUCAAUGUAAAAAACUUGAGAGAAGAUGGCAGGGUUUGAAAUUUCAAAUGUCAAAUUUUCAUACAACUCAAAGAUUAAAUUAUCCUGCACCAUUAAUUCUGUGCUUUGGAUCAAUCUGUUGUGGUCAUUUUGUAAGAAAAUGGUGGUUGAAACAAACUAUAGAACGACAGCAAAAAUAUAUAAGGUGGUUUAAGCGAAGGAAAUAUACUAUUUAUGGUUCUUUGGGAUUUCUAUCUUUCAUUUUAUUUGUUUAUUGCUUGAUACAUUUGGAGGAAGAUCCAGUAAGAAAGAAACCACGUUUAAUUUUAGUUGAUCAAGCUCAACAAAUUGAAAGCUCUAAAAUUAUAUUUCAAGUAAUAGUGCAAAAUCAGAAGAACGUGGUACCAUUGCAUGAUCCCAAAUAUAAAAUAAUUGCCACAGCACUAAAGCGGUUGAUAAACUCUAAUAAAAAUUUAUUUAAAGACACUGAUUGGACUAUUACUAUAAUCCAUCGUAUGUUUAAUAAUAUAGCAUCAUUUCCUAAUGUUAUGAUCUUACCAGAUAGAAAUAUUAUUGUAAUUGUUGACAUCUUCAACUUUAUUAAAAGCAGUGAUCAACUAACGUUUAUUUUAGCCCAUGAAAUGUCACAUGAUAUGCUUCUUCAUAUAUCAGAAACAUUGUCUUUUGGAGUGAUAUACUACGUUGCAACUAUUGUAUUUUCAUUUCUAAUUUGGGUAUUUUAUGAAAGUAGAGCAGCAGCUACACUUUGUUCAACUAUGUACAUAUUGUUUGCUGCCAUUUUUUCUUGGUACAAAAGACAAUCUGAAACUGAGGCUGAUGAAGUUGGACUUGAAUUAGCUGCAAAAAGUUGUAUUGACCCUAGAGAAGUUUUAGUAUUCUGGGAAAUGAUGAAAAAAUUUGAAGAACUUACACAUCAGGAUAAAUUUCAAAUACCAUUAUUUAUGGAUCACCCUACUUUAGAUAAGAGAGAAAAGAGAACUAUCCAACUAAUGCCUACAGCUUUGGAAUUAAGGAAACAAGCCAAGUGUCCUAAAUUACCAGCGAAGGACCCACGAGAUCGUUUACCAUAUUACAUGAAGGAUAUCGAAAAACACAUGCUAAAAAAUUCAAAAAUUUUAGGUAUGCAAUUUUAAAUGCAGCUACAGAUUCUUUUUAUAUAUCCUUGUAAUACGACGAUGAGUUUGAUGAAAUAAAUGAUUCAUUAGUCACAGUUAAA